CACUAUGUGGACUACUUCUAUUUAAAGGACAAAUUGUCGCUGGUAGGGAGCCUACUCCGUUUUAUCUUUCUCUCAUGAGAAUAACCCAGCGUGCUGGUUUGCUCAACGUCCAUCAUGUCCAAUUUCGAGCCUAAUGCCGUCAUCCGCGGUUUCCAGCUCACAGUCGUCGGCACUGUUCGAGCUCUGCGAAAUCCGGAGCUCUUCAAGUAUGACCAUUUUCGGCAGGCCGCUCUAGCAAUAGCUGUUGGAGUAAUCAUUCACCUGAUUAUCCAAAUUCCGAUCAUCGGUGUCAAGCUUCUCGUCUGGAUUGCAUCAUGGUUCUCCGAUCUAGAUCGUAGCUCAUGGGAUGAUUCCAUCAUGAAUGGCCUGGAUUUCCUCAACAACUCCGUCCUUCAGGUACCAUUCUUACUCAUGACUUUAAUGCGAUACGUUACGCCAACUUUGGAUGAGAUCUUUAUGGAGUCUUUGAAAUGGGUUGACUCAACCUACGUUCAGAAGCACAAGGCUGACGACCCAAAAACUCUUCGUGCUAUGUACUACCCGCACCUGGCGAUGUACUCAACCAAAGGAGCUACUGGUGUCUCAAAGCCGAUUCCGGAGGCAAUCAUUCUGUUUCUGCGGCGAUAUGGGCGCAAGUUCGGGACACUCCUGGGACUCUACAUGAUCUCGCUUCUUCCUGUUGUGGGAAGAUUCGUCAUGCCUGCAGCCUCCUUUUAUACAUUCCAGAGCAGCGUGGGAACAACUCCUGCAGCGGUAAUCUUCGGAACAGGUCUGGUUCUCCCAAAGAGAUUCGUUGUCAGGUUCUUGCAUACGUACUUUGCAUCUCGCAGUCUAAUGCGUGAACUGCUUGAGCCCUACUUUUGCCGGAUCCACUUCACACCAGAACAGAAACGCCGCUGGUUUAUGGACCGUCAAGGUGUUCUGUUCGGUUUCGCCUUCGCCUUCACUGUGGUCCUCAAGGCACCCUACAUCGGAGUGCUGAUGUACGGCGUUGCACAAGCAUCGACUGCAUACUUGAUCACAAAGAUCACAGAUCCCCCGCCCAGUCCUGCCGAAAGUGAAGGUUUCGCCGAGAGCCAAGUCACCUGGAAGAACAAGCACGACUUCCUGCGGCUGUCAUUGGAUAACCUGGACAAACUGAAUCUCCCUUCACAGAAUGAGGGGGAAGUGCAGGAGGCAAAAAUACCCCAAAGUCCGGGACGGAAGUUCUCUUGAAAAGCCCAGUCUUAUAGACCGGCAAGGUUUCAAUGCAGCAGAAGGCACAACGGUUGGGAUCAGUGGAUCGCUCUCGAGCAUAGCGGCAGACGCCGAGGGCCAAUAACCUGAGUGUGAAGGGUAGAUCCCCUGUCGUAUGUAGGAUCCCACACCUACCAUAUCUAUCACUUCGAAGGCUUUCCUGCCAUGUUUAUCAUCUCAAUUUCAGAACGAUGCCUUUCUUGGUUGGAUAUGAUUUGCUGUUACACUGCGGAGGCCCGCUGAUAAGCGAGAUACAGUGAUAAGAAUGCAUUGCUGAUACGUAGACAUCGCGUAAU